ACCAUUCAACAUUUUAUAUUUAGAAAAUUUCAGAUAGUCGAAACAAAUCCGGUUUGUUAAACUACAGAGAGCCACAAAAUAACUCAUCUGAGUACUUCAAACAGUGGAGAACUGUGACGGCACUUUGCUAAUGGCCUUGUACAUUGGAAUAUGUUUAGCUGUUGUUUAUGGUCUCACAGCCAUGACUGCAGCACAAGCUGAUAUGAAAGACAGUUGCCGAUGGAAGUGUUUGACAUUUGCUCAACUGUGGCCAGGAUCAUUCUGUCUGACUUUUUCAAAACAUAAGUGCAUGAUUCCUGAUCAGGUGGAUGGCUGGACGAUUCAUGGACUGUGGCCAAAUGGGAAAGAAUCCUGCAAUCGUACUUGGAAAUUAGCUCAAAAGGAUAUUGGGGAUCUUUGGACUGACAUGAGGAAGUACUGGCCAAGUCUGAUUAAUGAAGAUCCUUUUAAGUUUUGGCAAAGAGAAUGGACCAAACAUGGCACCUGUGGAACCUGCGCUAAAAACAUGUCUUGCCCACACAAGUAUUUCAGCCUGGCGCUGGAACUUCGGACAAAGGUCUCCAUCGAUGAAUACUUUUCUGCUGCUGGCAUCAAACCCUCAUGUCAUAAUGGUUACACGUAUGGAAGAUUCCACACUGCAUUAUCUUACUUGGGCCCUUAUGUAAAUCUCCAAUGUUGCAAGGACAAGAAACGGCAGGUUCUUGUGCAAAUCAAAAUUCACUUCAGCAAGGACCUCUCUAUUGGCUGCAAAACAUUCGAGGAAAAUGUUAUUUACUCUUAUUAUAAACCAUGUACAAAAAAGUCUGAAAUAUAUUUGUAUCCUUUCACAGACCAUCCGCACAAUCCUUGUUCCUGAAGGAGCGGUUUUCUAUUCCCAACUUUCCAAUGUAGUAAGAAUUAGUUUGCUAUUGAGGGAAUUGUAUGAGACUCUAAUUUCAUUUCUCCAUUUGCGACCAAACCACAAGCUAAGAUUCCUUUUCUUCCAAAGGCAAAUGCUGCAGCAUCAUAUUCCAGCAUCAUUCUUCUGUCAGAAAAUUGUAUGUAGCCAUUUUGAAGUCAUUAGUUUUUCUUUCUUCCUGUGUGUUUCAACAUUAAGCGACUGGUUACUGUAUUUUUGAUCUAACUGCAUUGAAUAUCAGUUAUGAAGAUAUAUGUUAAGCAUGAGUUUACAUUUUUUUGUGAAAUGUUGUUUUUGAACAACACAAUAUAUAUUAAUGAUUUGACAUGGGGACCAAAUGUAUUUGUACACCAAGGUCUUCUUCUUCAUCAAGACUCCCUAAGGGCCCACCAUUCUCUGUGUACAUCCUUCCCUUAUUAGACCUCACAAAAUGCAUCACCUGAGAUGAUUCUUUCUCUGAUCUAAUUAAUAUUCUUCUUCUUCCCACCUGGGAAAGCAUCUAGUCUUCAUUGUGCACUUUGUACAAAGAAGGACUCAUGCCCGAAACAUCGAUUCUCCUGCUCCUUGGAUGCUGCCUGACCUGCUGAGCUUUUCCAGCAACACAUUUUCAGCUCUGAUCUCCAGCAUCUGCAGUCCUCACUUUCUCCUUAUCAAACUUCUAACUC